AUGAAUGCUUUUUGCUUGAGCUUUGGACCCCAAACAGCUUUGGUACUUCAGGCUAAUCGAGUUAACUCAGAUUCUUUGCUGACUGUGAAGGUCGGGAACCGGACGGUGGAGUCAAAGACCGUUAGUGCCAGCACACUGAAUAGCGCAUCUGCCACUGAUUUGAGUUCCUGCAGCAGAGACUCAGGUGUCCCUAUACUAUACGGUGAGACGUUAUUGGACUUCCCACAGAACUGUUCCAGUGUGGUCUGCACUACGUCUGCAGUCUUUGGUCACGUCAGUUCAUGUACACCCGACGAGCUUUGCCUCGGCAACAACACGUGUAAACCCCCCCCCCCCUCAGUGUGCACCGUGACUGGCUCCACCCUCAUCGAUUUCCACGGUGAGGUCCACUCGGUGGAGGAUCGCUGUGAAUACGCUCUGAUGACGCCUGCAGAAGGAGGACUUGGUGUGGUUCUCAUCGGGGGGUUCCGUGAGUGACGCCGUACAGAUGUGUCCUUCUUGGACUACUUGAUAAUAAGUCAGAAAGCUGGAGACAUUCAACUGGAACAAGGUGGAAGAGUGCGGGUUGGUGACCAGAUCCUGGAUCUCAACACCACGACUCAGCGAUUCUACGGCGUGGAGCUCUCCAAGGACCAGACUGGAGUGACCGCCAAACUGCCCAACUCCAAAAUGACGGUCGUGUUUGAUGGCAACACGGCACACGUGUCAGGACCAAAUGUUUCCUUGGAGGGUUUGUGUGGUAACCCCACUAAUAAAAGCCGGACCACCACCUUGAGUGCUGAUCGGAUCCCAUCGGCUGGCUGCGACACUCUGCACACCGACACCAUCGACAGUUCCAUCAACUGCAGCCGCUCAGCUGACCGCUGUGAGCUCCUGAAUCAGCCCCCCUUCGAUGCUUGUCACCAACACAUCGACACGGACGCCUACGUGGCCGCCUGCAACAACACUUUGUGCGUCUACCCGGCGGUGGACGGUCUCCACUGCCAGUUUCUGGAGGCCUAUGCCGAGUCCUGCAGCCUGAAGGACGUCCCACUGGGGGACUGGAGGACAACGGUCCAAUGCCCUGCUGUCCCUCGGGUCUCCUGUCUGGACCAGUACUGCAGUGAGCACGAGUUCUGUGGAGAUCGGCUCGGUGAAGCCGGCUGCUUCUGUCGGGCCUUGUUUGCCUCCAAGUUCAACCCGACCAACGCUUUAGGCGAGCCGACAGUCUGCACGCAGAACUCUGCCACUCUGACUCUGGCUGAAUGUCUGCUGCAGGACCGACGCAUCAACUCCUCCGUCCUCCACCUCAUUGACCCCGAAUGCAAAGGCCACCUGGACCCACAAACCCACAUGGUGGAGUUCAGCUUCGACAGCGGCCACACCUGUGGGGCCGAGAUUUCGGUAAACAACAGCCAAAUCCUCUACAAGAACACCAUCAUGACGAGGAACGCCUCUCAGAACGGCAUCAUCACCCGCCAAGACCAAGUACAGAUCGACUUCUCCUGCUUCUACACAAAGCCGGAGGUCCAGAGUCUGUCCUUCAGGAUUAAAGACAGCUCUGUGGUACUGCAGGUCGUAUCCGGAGCUUGGAACUACACCCUGACGAUGGCCGCCUACACCGACAGUGGACUCCAGAACCUCGUGGAGUCGAGCACCGAGCUCCAGCUGAACCAGAAGGUGUGGCUGCAGCUGAGGACGGACGGGCUGGACGGCGACACGGUCGCCAUAGUGACCGACUCCUGCUGGGCCACCACCCAGCCGUCCACCGACAGCAGCCCGCGAUACGACCUCGUCAUCGCCGGAUGCCCCAGCAAAGCCGACCAGACGGUGAGGGUGGAGGCAAACGGACUGGGAACCUCCAACGUCUUCUCUUUCAACGUGUUCCAGUUCUCUGGAGAAACAUCUGCCAUCUACCUGCACUGCAAAGUGGAGCUGUGCCCCAAAGAGGGAACAACCUGUGCUCCGACCUGCCCUGGAAGCGGUAAAAGGAGGCGCAGGUCCUCCAGGUCCAACACUGCAGAGGGAAACCCAGCCCUCAUCACUAUGGCCUGGAGUAAUUAAAGGCCGCUCCCCUUCUGACCUUUCACCUGCUGAUUCCUGACAGAAGCUCCAACAACCAGCCUCUAACCUCACGGCUCUUCAACAGAUGGUUGAAGAUGUUGCUGCUGUGAAACAAUGCUGGCAGGUCUUCAUGUGGUCACCUGGGAUGAUGGCAUUUAUUCAUUCUUUAUAUAUCCAAUUCUUGCUAAUGAUUACGCCAUUUAGAAAUUUAACAUAAUCUCUAGUGAAAUAAAAGAUGAAAUGAAAAACUAAUCAAAUAGGGAUUUAAGGGUCUGGUACUAUAAAUAUAUAUUGAAUUACUUCUUUAAACCUGCAUAGCCUGAAUGAUACCUGGUGGAAGCAGCAACAGAAUCUGUGUUCUAAUGAAAUGAGAAGCUUUGCAGAACAAAGGGAAGCAAAAUACUGUUGUGAAUGUGAAGAUAAUGAGACUGUCAGUGCAAACUGACUGUUAUUACACAAGGGCAUGCUGUUGUUUAUUAUGUUAUUACUAAGAGCAAAAGAAAACACAAAAAAUAUAAUAAAGGGAGUGGGAAAACCAA